GCUAGGCUGCUCUGCGGCCGCGGUGGAGUCUCCGCCGCUCACGCUGCCCGCCGCGACUCCAGCGGCGGCGCCGUUCCCCGGCCGCGCUGCUCCCCGACGCACGGCUCGGGCGGCUCCCGGUGAGGUGCGGCUAUCCCGGCGUCCGGGUCCCCGUGGGCCCGCGGCUCACGUCCGGGGCUGCGGGGCACGCAGGUGGGCCGGCGGCCGCUGGGAGAUAGGCCCCCGGGGGCAGCUGCGGACCAUGGCGCGGAGACCUGGCGCGCCCGCUGCCUACGGGGAGGAGUUCUCCUUCGUCAGUCCGCUGGUGAAAUACCUGCUCUUUUUCUUCAACAUGCUCUUCUGGGUCAUUUCCAUGGUCAUGGUGGCUGUGGGUGUCUAUGCCAGGCUGAUGAAGCACGCAGAAGCAGCCUUGGCUUGUCUGGCGGUGGACCCUGCCAUCCUGCUGAUCGUGGUGGGUGUCCUUAUGUUCCUCCUCACCUUCUGUGGCUGUAUCGGAUCCCUUCGCGAGAACAUCUGCCUUCUGCAGACGUUCUCCCUCUGCCUCACCAUCGUGUUCCUGCUGCAGCUGGCUGCAGGCAUCCUGGGCUUCGUCUUCUCAGACAAGGCUCGGGGGAAAGUGAGUGAAUUAAUCAACAAUGCUAUUGUGCAUUAUCGAGAUGACCUGGACCUGCAGAACCUCAUUGACUUUGGCCAGAAGAAGUUCAGCUGCUGCGGAGGGAUUUCCUACAGAGACUGGUCUCAGAAUAUGUACUUCAACUGCUCAGAGGACAACCCCAGCCGUGAGCGUUGCUCUGUGCCUUAUUCCUGUUGCUUGCCCACCCCCAAUCAGGCAGUGAUCAACACUAUGUGUGGCCAAGGUAUGCAGGCUCUUGACUACUUGGAAGCCAGUAAAGUCAUCUACACUAAUGGCUGUAUUGACAAGUUGGUCAACUGGAUACACAGCAACCUGUUCCUACUCGGCGGCGUGGCACUAGGCCUGGCCAUCCCACAGCUGGUGGGAAUCCUGCUGUCCCAGGUCCUCGUGAAUCAAAUAAAAGAUCAGAUCAAACUGCAGCUCUACAACCAACAGCACCGGGCUGACCCGUGGUACUGAGAAGCCUUCCCAUGCCGCCUAACUGUGGUGAUGGGCAAGCCUCAUGGACCAACAGCAGAGGGGACUGAGAAGGGUACCCUAUGGAGAUUUGGAUUUCAGCCCCCCAGCAACGAGGGCCCAAACUCCAGAAGACAGGGCACAAGAUGGCUCAGGUCUCAGAAGGACGUGCCUCACAUCCCCCAUCCUAGCUUCAGCAUUGUUAGAGAACUAUUUUGUCCUGUUUCUAACCUUGAACAUUUGGGUUUGUGUUUUGAAGUUUUGUCUGGUCAGCGGUGUGUGGGAAGCAGCAGUGGUACGUACAGCUAUAGGGAUACUAGCUGCAUAGCUUCCCCAGGCACAACAGACAGCCCUGUUAGGGCUGCUCUGGAGCUAGGUGGACAUACUUAGAGUUUGCUGCCAGGGCGACCUGGCUGUGGAGACCAGACACUAGCGGCCCUGCCUGGAGUCCAGUUGGCAUAACCCCAGCUCAGGAGGGGAAGGGAGUGGAGCAGGCAGAGGGGAGUGAGCCUGGGGGUUGCAUGGGGACAGCUGGGUAUAUGGGGGUAGGAGUGGAAGGGGAUAUGUUUACCAAAUGCUUGCCCUGCCACCCUCCCAGGUACUCAGAGUGAGCUAUAUCCUGCCCCUCCUUCAUUUCCAUGGAAACAUGGCAGCAAGGGCAAGGGGUACAACAGCAGCCAAAUUCAUCCCCACCCCCUUUGCAAAAAAGUUUGGAACCAUGGCCCCUAUAUUCUGCAGUCGGCAGAAGCCGGCCUAGCCAUACAUGCCCUUGAAUUCCUCUCUGUCUGGCCCUCCCUCUCCAGCAAGUGGGGUUUUCUUUAACUUGGCAAAAGAGUGGUAACACCCUCCACCCUCAUCCCCCAGCACCAGAGCUCAGUGUUUCUACAGUGGAAGAAUCAGGAAUCUGGCAGAAAUGGCAAUAAAAGUUUGUUGACCUGGGCUAAGCUGUCCUACAUCAAUUUUCCAUUCGGGCAACUAGAAGAGAAGGGACCAGACCGUGGGCCCUGCCUCCUGGAGGAGACUUGAGACCCCUAAGUCACACAAUGCCUCCCUGUGCCUCCACAUGCCCCAUCUGUCUACAUCAGGGUCGCACUCUCCCGUCUAAAUUAGGUACAAUGAUUUCAGGUGCUGAUCUAAAGAAACGGUGUCACUUUCUCCCAAAUCAUUAUCUUUGUUUUUGUUUUGGUUUGUUUGCUUUUUCUCGAAUGACAGCGGGUUGAAAUUUAUUUAGGAUGGCGUGUGGAGUUAGGAAAGAGCACUCGACAUGAUAGUGGAAGGAGACUAAGGGAAAGGCUCGGUCCAUCCUCCGUCUUUAUCUGGAGGAGCUGGGUCCUGGCGGCCAGCCUCUAUUAGGGAGGACUCAACAAGCCCUCAGCAGUGUGUGGGGCUUCCUCAGGCUGGAGCAGCUUGCGAGGGCGGGGCUCGGCUCGGGGCGGGGCGGGGAGGCUCUGCUACAUGGGUGGUCCCCACACCCGUGAUCUGGGGACCUAGGAGAGCAUCGACCCCUGCAGCCAGGGUCUUGAAUUGGGGGAGUCUUUGGCCUGGCCCAGGGGACUUCAAGAAAAUCCGUCAGGUUCUAGGAAACAAAAGCGUUGGGGGUGCCUCCCGCCCCUAGGGUUUCCUCUGCCAACCUUCUGCGCCUGUGAGGGCUUUCCAGCAGGCGUCUGGGGCCUAGGCCAAUGUUUAGCGCCCAGCUUGAAACAACGGGAAGAAGAAAUAAAAUCAUCAUGCAUAUAAAAUCACGAGCAAGAGCCUUUUUAUUCCGAAAGAGAGAAGUGAAAAAAGCUCUUUUGUGGUAAGAUGCCAUUCUCCAGGAGUGCCCAAAACAUGCAUGUUAUCCUUUUCUUCUUCCAAUGAUACGGACCCACAGAAUGAAUCUUGAGUUAGGAACUGGGGUGGUGUGUAUUUGCCAGUACUGCGGCUUUGAGUAGCUCACCGGCGGUGAGGUUCGCUUGGACUACAGACCAGUUUCUCCCACUUCU